GUCACGUGACGGUAAAAGCAGGAAGCGGAGUGUGAUGGAGACGCUGGUGCUGUAAAGCAGAGCUGGAGCAGCGCUGUACCAUUUCCACCAUGAGUGAGGAACACUACCUGGAGCUGUGCGAUAACCCGGUCCAGUUUGAAAAUGCUUCUAGCGUCAACAACGUCUUUUUCGACGAAGCCAACAAACAGGUGUUUGCGGUGCGGUCUGGUGGUGCUACUGGGGUGGUGGUGAAAGGACCAGAUGAUAAAAACUCCAUUGCUUUCAGAAUGGAUGAUAAAGGAGAAGUAAAAUGCAUCAAGUUUUCUUUUGGAAACAAGAUUUUAGCUGUCCAGAGAACAUCAAAGUCUGUGGAGUUCAUCAAUUUCAUUCCAGAUAUGCCUACUAUGGAAUAUUCUCAGGAAUGUAAGACCAAGAAUGCCAGUGUCCUUGGAUUCUGCUGGACCAGCUGGAAUGAGAUUGUGUUCAUUACUGACCAGGGGAUUGAGUUCUACCAGGUGAUCCCGGACAAGAGGAGUCUAAAACUGCAGAAGAAUCAGAGUAUUAAUGUGAACUGGUACAUGUACUGCCCUGAGACUUCCGUCAUCCUUCUGUCCACCACUGUGCAGGGGAACGUGCUCCAGCCCUUUGUGUUCAGGAAUGGGACAAUGUCCAAGAUGUCAAAAUUCGAAAUCGAGCUGCCAGCAGUCCCUAAGCCAGCCAAGCUCAGUCUGUCAGAGAGAGACAUAGCAGUGGCCACCAUAUACGGACAGCUUUAUGUGAUGUACCUGAAACACCACUCGCGAACAGUCAACAGUCCAGGGGCAGAGGUGGUGCUGUAUCAUCUGACAAGGGAGGGGGCCUGUAAGAAGACACAUGUGCUCAAGCUCAACACCACAGGGAAGUUUGCUCUGAAUGUGGUGGAUAAUUUAGUGGUGGUGCAUCACCAGAGUUCUCAGACAUCCAUAAUAUUUGACAUUAAGGUCAAGGACCCAGACAGCACUCUGAAUGUCCAUCAGCCAGUGCUUCCUGCUCGCUCAAUCCAUCCCUACAAGAUCCCCUUGAGAGGUCCUACGGCUGUAGGCUCACAGACUCCAGUACCUUGUGAACUCUACUCUUCCACUUGGAGCGUUUUUCAACCAGACAUUAUCAUCAGUGCUAGUGAAGGAUACCUGUGGUAUCUCCAGGUGAAGUUACAACCAGCAGUCAUCCUUCUGAAGGAUAAAGGAAAGCUAAUGGACUUUCUACUGAGAAGAAGAGACUGCAAAAUGGUGAUACUGUCAGUCUGUUCCCAGAUGCUGAUUGGAGGAGAGAGGGGCAGCCUGCCUGUCAUCGCCACUGUUUUUGACAAGCUGAACCAGGUCUACAAGGAGUACCUGGAGGCAGAGCAGAGCUACACCAUGGCUGUGGAGUCGGGUCAGAGCCGAGGGAACCCGUCACUGAAGAGGCCAGUGCGCACGCAGGCAGUGAUUGACCAGUCGGACAUGUACACUCACGUCCUCUCCAUAUUCACGGAGAAGAAGGAUGUAUCCCACAAGUUUAUCAUUGCAGUGCUGAUGGAAUACAUUCGAUCUCUCAACCUGUUCCAGAUCACUGUGCAGCAUUACCUGUAUGAGUUGGUCAUAAAGACCCUCGUUCAUCACAACCUGUUCUACAUGCUUCACCAGUUUUUGCAGUACCAUGUUCUCAGUGACUCCAAGCCACUGGCCUGUCUGUUGCUGUCGUUGGAGAGCACCUAUCCGCCUGCUCAUCAGCUCUCCCUGGACAUGCUGAAGAGGCUGUCCACGGCCAACGAUGAGAUUGUGGAGGUGCUGCUGUCCAAGCACCAGGUGCUGGGGGCCCUACGCUUCAUCAGGAGUGUGGGGGGUCACGACAACGUCUCUGCACGCAAAUUCCUCGAUGCAGCCAGGCAGGCGGGGGAUGAAAUGCUGUUUUAUACCAUCUUCAGGUUUUUUGAGCAGAGAAAUCAGAGGUUGCGUGGAAGUCCCAACUUCACACCAGGAGAACACUGCGAGGAACAUGUGGCUUACUUCAAGCAGGUUUUUGGGGAACAGGCACUAAUGAAGCCCGCCACGCUGUGAACUGGCUUUCUCACCUCCUUUGCCAUUUUACAGUAUAACCUGUACAAAGCUAAUUUAUUGUAUCUGAUCAAAGAUGUUUUACAAAAAUGCAUUACUGCUUAAUAAAGUUAUAUCUAUUUA